AUGAAAAACACUCACAACAGUGCACGACGUGAUAAUACAGUAAUUGCUCCACAAGUACAAGAUGUACAACGAGGUGAAGUAGAGAUCGCCCCGAUUAGAACAGAUCAGUCAUCAGGAUUACAGCCUAAAGAUAUGAAUAAUAUAUCGUCCGAUGACUUUAACGACGGGAAUGAUGAAAUGUGUGUAGAAGUGUUGGAGAAUGCUGAAAGUGCUGGACUAUGCAAUACGACAAACAAUGUUCGCGUCCGGACACCUGGUGAAAAAGAAAUAGCUCCUGGAAUAUAUGUCCCUGACUUACCAGCAGGUCCCUCUUGGCAGUAUGUGAAUAAUAUACCGUCCGAUGAUUUUAACGACGGGAAUGAUGAAAUGUGUGUAGAAGUGUUGGAGAAUGCUGAAAGUGCUGGACUAUGCAAUACGAGAAGUAAGAUUAUUUUAUAAUUAUUGGCGCUAGAUUUCUAUUUAUUUCUAUUUAUUUUUAAGUAGAUUCUUAUAUGGCUAUGGUAGGGGGAAAGCGUGUACACGUUGAAAACACAGCAUCCUGCAUUAAAUCGAAAAAGGCUCGAAUGGAUAUAGCUAAUAAACUAGGCUUUGUUGAAGUUAAAUCCGCACACGGUCGAAAAAUCGUUUGGUAUUACGCUAGAAAUUUAAACAAUUUCGAAAAUUAUA